CGUAACGGUCGUAAUAAAACGAUGUUCGAUGCAUCCACAACUUCCGCGGAAUACAGUAAUAGCAUAAUAGCAGAAGUAAUGGAUAUGAUUAUGAUUACUUGAAAAGGGUAUUGCGACAAGGAGUCAAUUUUAUCGACUUCUCUAUCAAACUACCAUCGAGAAAACGACCCCAUUAAAAAGAAACAAAAAGCAACAGAACAAAACAAAAGUAUGGUGGCUUCCUCGCACCCGAAGGUAGCAGCAAGAGAUUCCAGGGCGAUACAACGACGAAAAAUCGAUGUGCGCGAAUCCGACAAGGAUUGCCCCUUCAGUGAUGGCAAUGCUAGUGAAGACGAUUACGCUAUUCACAUUCCACAACGCAUCACUUUAGGUAAAGGUAGCAAUCCGGUAUUACACAUGAUUUUUGUAGUGGGAUUCUUGGUGUUUCUAUUGAACAUUUCGAUCAAAGCGGGUAGCUUUUGGGGUAAUAUUAAACUGAGCGAGGAGGAGAAAAAAAACCGAAGAUUAGUUUCACCGGUAAAGAGAUUGCAGCAGAAUAUCGAACGCAAAAAGAACUCCACAGUCGCGAAAUUAAAGGAAUUUUUCACACUAGAGGGAGAGCUUCGGAGGGACAUCGGAGAUUGUGGCCUCUACUUGGGUUCAUCGUCGAUUCCAAAUUCUGGAUGGGGCAUGUUCGCGGGACGAGACUAUCUACAAGGGGAGACGAUUCGAAUGGAGUACGGCUAUUACUUCUCCCCUCCUCGUUCCACCUACCACGACAAUGUCCCAAGCGAGKGUGAUGCAGCACGUUUUGAGUCAAAACCUAUUAAGGGAAUACCUCCUUUGUCUUUUCUUCUAAAACCGCACUCGGUAUUAUCUAAUGUGCGUUGGGACAGCAUAUCAUCGCAAGAAAAACUGCUGUCAUCUCUCACAGCCACACGAGAUAUCAAGUUAGGCGAAGAAUUAUUUCUUUCCUGGGAUGAUCAUCCGUAUAGACCAAGUUCAAGAGAUUCAAAAUCUGGGGAAAGUGCUGCUGAAGAAUUUGACUACGUCUUUGCGAAGCGUUUGCCAUCUCUCGAAGAUUUCUUGCAAGCCGACAUUCUCAUCCGGGAUGCACAAACCCAGUAUUUUGGUGUUCGCAAUGCCGAAGAGACCAAUAACAAGAAGAAACCAUAUCGCAGCAGUAAUGCUAGAUGGAACAAAAUAAAAAAUAAAUCUGGCAGAAAAGAUACCAAAAGUCUCUACAAGUCAGAGUCUGAAGAACUUAUCAAUAACGGAUUGCAGCUUUGGCAAAAAACUGUUUCGCACUACGCUCCGUUAGUUGCGCGACUACUUCCUACUAAAGCACAGGUGUUGGCGACGUAUCACCAAAAAAGCGAUGGGCAAUCCCCUUAUUCUUCACUUCUGGGGUCCUUGAAGAACCAUUCUAUGUUUACCAUAACCAAUGCACAAUGCAUGUCGAGCCCACAAUGGCAAUCAACACUAGGGACUGGGGUAGGUGCUACACACUCUGAAGAGGUUGAACAAUCUUGUGCCUCUUCGUCAGCUUCGUGUACGUCAACCUAUAAACAAACCGUUGCAAAAAAGAAUGGAUUUGCCAAGGGUGGUCUUGUGACGGUAGUUCCACUUUUGGUAUAUCCGUACCUGCAAGCGGGAGAAAACAACUGCCUGGCUUUGUCGAAAUCAUUGCCACCUUCGCUACAGGUAUCAAUUUGUCCACUGAAUGGCGUUGCGGAAUACAGCAACGACCAAAGCCUUGCAAACGUCGAAUAYCGGUGGAGCAAUAGCACUCUGCAAUCGAUCCCAUUGGAGAUGAAAUCCUGGCUAACGAAAUCGCCUUUGCCAUCGUUCAUAUCGCUAUCUUUGGAAGAGAAAGAAUUGCAGCGAAGACUGCUGUUAGAGGUGAGAAAACAUUCUUGAUUAAACCCUGUCAUAUUUUUUUACCCCAUCCACUCACACAGAACAUGCAUUUUAUUUGUUUGGAUAAAUGCUUUCUAAACUUUAAUGGUAUUAACAUAAUUCAUUCCGAUCGAACCUGUGCAGGAAUAUCCUUUAUCCAUGUCAUGGGAUCUCGUGGCAUUGAGAGAUCUCGAACAGAACGAAGAGGUGAGUCUCCUAUCGAUAUAAAAGAUUCGUACGACGACCAACCCAACUCAUGCCCUCUGUUUUCUCUUUCACUCGAAAACUACAGAUUGUUGUCUACCAGCCAGAUAGCAUACCUUUUGUAGUUAGCGAGUUGGACCCAUAAGCCGCAAUCGAAAAUACAACUUGGUUCAUCACAAUUCAGUUGCUUCAACCUUCAGGGCGGUCACUACUGUGACUGAUAUCAUACAGGUAUUCGAGCAAAGGCAACACGACACCUGUGGUUUUUCAAUAUUUAUUUUGUGAUCUGGGAGCUAAAUGUGACCGAUAGCCAAAUGAUCGUUGAAAAAGGAGGUCAUACUGCUUCCCUGUGCCAUGCUACGAUGUAGCUAGCAUACAUUGUA